AUGACUGCAAAAGUCUUAGAGUCCGUGGCGUCAGCCCCUCCCAAAGAGGAUCCGCCGUACCAUAUCCUGUCCAAGAAGCAGAAAUGGAAUCUCGUCGUCUUUGUCUCUAUGGCGGGCGCCUUUUCGCCUCUAUCGUCGAACAUCUACUUUCCCGCGAUUGACACGAUAUCGACCGACCUCGGGGUCAGCGCUACUUUAGUCGCUCUAACCAUUACCGUGUACAUGGUGGCCCAGGGCAUUGCUCCAUCUGUCUUUGGCACCUUCUCGGAUACCUUCGGCCGCCGCCUCACCUUCACCAUCAGCCUGACUAUAUACACUGUGGCGAACCUGGCCCUUGCGUUUACAUCCAGCUACCCUAUGUUGAUGGUCCUGCGGGGGCUACAGGCGGCCGGGUCGGCGGCGACGAUUAGUAUCAGUGCCGGAGUCAUUGCAGAUAUAGCGUGUCCGGGAGAACGAGGUGGCUUUAUGGGAACAAACGCUGGCGUGCGCAUGACCGGCCAGGCAAUCGGACCGAUAAUCGGUGGCGCACUGAACAGCGCCUGGGGAUUCAGAAGCAUAUUCUGGCUGUUGUUCAGCAUGAGCGUGAUCGUCCUCACCGCAUUGCUAAUCUUCCUGCCCGAGACACAACGCAGUAUCGCAGGGAAUGGCAGCAUCCCUCUAUCUGGGUUCCAUAAACCACUCGCCUACGUGAUCAAACCACCUGCUGCGUGGUCCGAGCCCCAGGACCUGAGCGUGCCUAUAAAACCCCGCCAACCAGUGUCCUGGAAGAAAGCAUUCGGUCCAUUGAAGUACAUCCUAGAAAAAGACAUCGCCGCCCUGCUUGCCUGGGGCGCCGUCGCCUAUACAGCCUGGAGCAUGGUAACAUCAUCUACCACGACAAUGCUGCUCCUCGGCUUCCCCUCUCUCACCCACUGGCAAAUCGGCCUCUGCUUCCUCCCCAACGGACUGGGCUUAUCGCGCUGA